CGAUUUCAGCUUCGUAAGAAAAAAAAAAGAAAAAAGAAAAAAAAAUGUUGUUUGUAGCUUUUGGUUUUUAGGUUUUGGUUUUGUGGAUCUAGUUCUUUAGUAGAUCUAGCUGUUAGAGUUGUGAAUCUCUUAAUAAUUGGUGAAUAUUUGUUAGCGAUUUCGCGGCUGCUUGUUUGUUUGGUGAAUAAUAAUAGUGAUGAGUCGUCCACAGGUCCCGCACCGACCCCUCUUCCAUUUUGGGAACCCUUUCCGGAUGAUUUCGCCAAAGGGAUCCAAAAUGACCCCAGACCUUUGCGCACUGCUGAACACUUUUGAGGAAACAUUGGCUGGGAGGUUGAGUAAGCUUAACCCAAAAGAUAAGAAUGAUGUCCUUAGUUUGUCAUGGAUGAAAUUAGCAAUGGAGUCGCUUUGUGGAACUCAUAAUGACAUAAAGACACUCAUAGCUGAGAUUGAUCUUCCGGUGAGUGCCUGGGAUGAGAAGUGGAUUGAUGUGUACUUGGACAUCAGUGUAAAGUUGCUCGAUUUAUGCAUUGUCUUCAGCUCUGAGAUCUCACGCUUAAACCAGGGGAACCUUUUUCUUCAGUUUGUGUUACAUAAUUUGAAUUCAGCCUCCUCAGAGCAUUUUAUUCGUGCCUGUUCUUCAGUUGAUGACUGGAAGAAUCAUAUUGCCUCAAAGAACACCAGGGUUGAGAACUGUAGCACCAUUCUGGACAAGCUUGUGGAAUCACUGGAUCUACCAAAGGUCAAGAACUCAGCCAAAGGUAAACUUUUAAUGCGUGCUAUGUAUGGAGUGAAGGUGUUGACUGUAUCUGUUUGUAGUGUUUUCGCCGCAGCCUUUUCUAGUUCUGCAAGCAAGUUGUUAGAUUUGAAUGUCGCCGAUACAUAUUUGUGGGCACAAGCAUUUACUGACUUACAGAGUAAUGUAAAUGGGGAAAUUAGAAAUGUAUUUUCUAGUGGCAGAGUUACGGUUCUUAAAGAGCUGGAAGCAGUUGAUGGUAUUGUGAAGCACUUGUAUCCUAUGAUCCAAGAUGGUGUGGCCCUCGCAGAAGAAGAAGCAUUUAAGAAGUCUGUUUUGGAAUUAGAAAGAAAAGCACAGAAUCUUUCUCAAGGUCUUGAUAUUCUGACCAAGGAAGUGGAUGGAUUUUUCCAAAUCCUUUUGAGCGGACGCGAUGCCUUACUUUCUAAGUUGAGAUCAGGUGGAGCAGUCUCUGACCGGAUGCUGAUGGGAAAUGUAGGAGGGCAGGUUGUGAGGUGAAUAGCAAAGCUAAUCUCUAUCCUUUACAUUAGGUACGGGGCUUUAUGUUUACUUGUUUUUGUAAGUAUAACAUCUUGUAUGGCCAAGUGUAUUCAGUAUGCUGUGAGGUACAAGUCAUGUUGUAUUACUAUGUUAAUAGUGGUUUGUAAAAGUAUGCUGUACUAUGUGCUGACGUUUUUAUAUAAAGAAGUAUGGUUUGGAUUGAAA